AUGUCUUGGAAACUCGGCGCAAAAAAACCCAAGGACGCGAGGGAGAACGGCGUCAUAUCGCGAUCAGUCACCCCCAUUCCCUCUCGCCCGACUACGCCCAAACCACCCAAUGGCUCCGACCAGUUUCGCACCGGGAUGCUGACCAUUCGCAUAUUCUCUGGCCGCGGACUGUCUCUAGCACCGGGUGUUCAGGUCCCUGAGGUCAUUCAAAGGGCACUUGAAUCAGUUCCUGCGGGCAGAAAAUCGACUAGCAAUCGCGAGAGCAUGCAACGCAAGCGAAACUGGUGGCUUCCCUACGUCGUGCUCGAGUUCGACAAGAACGAAGUCCUGGUCGAUGCCCUCGGCGGCGAUCUUUCAAAUCCUGUCUGGAACUAUCGCGCAGAUUUCGAUGUCUCGCGUACUUCCAACAUCUCCGUUUCUUCCUAUCUCAGAACCGCUGCGCCAGUCCAGGGGCAAGAUGAUAUGGGCAACGACCUUCUCAUUGGUCGCGUGGACCUCACGCCGAUGCUUGAUGGGCAUCACGCCUCCGACCAAUGGUACAAUGCAACUGCUGGCUCGGGCUCGUUCCAUCUCAAGAUCGACUUCCGGCCCGUUCGUGGAGAACCCUUGACGAUUGAGGCGUUUGAUUUGCUCAAGGUCAUUGGGAAGGGGAGUUUCGGGAAGGUGAUGCAGGUCAGAAAGAAGGAUACCCAACGGAUAUACGCGUUGAAGACGAUUCGGAAAGCCCACAUUGCACAACGGCCAGGCGAAAUUACACAUAUCCUCGCCGAAAGGACAGUACUCGCUUUGGUCAACAACCCUUUCAUCGUUCCCCUCAAAUUCUCCUUCCAAACUCCGGACAAACUUUAUCUCGGAAUGUCUUUCGUGAAUGGUGGUGAAUUGUUCUAUCAUCUUCAACGCGAAGGGAAAUUCGAUCAAGACCGCAGUCGAUUCUAUGCUGCUGAGCUGCUUUGUGCAUUGGAGCAUUUACACGGGUUCAACGUGGUUUAUCGUGAUCUAAAACCGGAGAACAUUCUGUUGGACUAUACCGGACAUAUCGCGUUGUGUGAUUUCGGGCUUUGCAAGCUGAACAUGUCUGAAACCGAAAAGACGAAUACGUUCUGCGGCACACCGGAGUAUAUUGCGCCCGAACUGCUGGAAAGCCAGGGAUACACCAAAACUGUCGACUGGUGGACGCUCGGAGUUCUGGUAUAUGAGAUGAUGACUGGUCUUCCUCCAUUCUACGAUGAGAACGUCAACACCAUGUAUCAACGCAUCCUCACGGAUCCUCUCAAUUUCCCGCCAGAUAUACCGGCUGAGGCCAGGAGCGUUAUGACUGGCCUCCUCCAACGUGAUCCAUCCAAGCGUCUAGGUGUGAAUGGAGGGGAGGAGAUCAAACGCCAUCCCUUCUUCGCGAAGUACAUCGACUGGAAUCGUCUGCUGGCGAAGAAAAUCCAACCGCCGUACAAACCGAGCGUCGAAUCUGUACUUGAUGUCGCCAACUUUGAUCCUGAUUUCACGAACGAGGAAGCGCAAGAUUCGGUAGUGUUGGAAUCUGCGCUUUCUGAGACCGUGCAGGAUCAGUUUAGAGGAUUCACAUACAAUCCCGCGAACGAGCACCUGAGCGAAAGUGUCAGCUAUCCCACUGUGCUCUAA